CAGUCCGUUAAAAUGGAGGUAGAAUUAAAUACGGAGUAGUUUCCUUCCGCACCGCAGCACCUCAGUUCCCGCCCUCACUGCCGCCGCCCCUGCCGGCAGCGCCGCACGCCUCCUCCUCCUCCUCAUCGUAUCCUCGAGGCGCCGCCGUCCUGGCCUCACCACGCCGCCCGCACCACAGCAGCGGCUCCAUGCCUCUGUUCAGCUGUCCAGGCAUUGUUUAUAACCAUGAGUUCAAAACUAAGAGGAGGACUUUGACAGGGAAUGGCGAUAUGAUUGAGGAGACUGUUCUACCAUUGAGAUGUGUCCACAUGCUGGAGCUUUGUGUCAAACGCAAUAUCCACAUUUCUGAAGGUCUGUUUUACCCUUCUUUGAACAAUCAUGUGAAGAAGAUCAGGGUGUUCAUUGAAGCAAGAAUACUGUUAAUAAAUCUACCAAAAUUUAUUACCACAUUGAUGAACUAUGGAGCAGUGCUGCUUAGAGUUGUUGCUGCAGCUACUCCUCCACCUUUGAUCCCCAAAUUUAUGGGGUUGGAGCCGGUGACUACCGCUGAGCUCGCACUGAAAAUUGGGAAUCUCUUAACGCCACUGCCACCACCCAUGUGCUGCAGGAGGCGCCUUCGAGUUCAUUGGUUUCCUCGGCCGGCAAGUGGAACCUCCGCUGACUUCCGCCACUCAUUGGAUGCCCUACGAGCAGUCUCUUCUUCACGGUUCCAUUGCAACGAACAAGGCCUCUCCCCCGACCAUCUUCUAUGUGUGAUGAUGGCUCAAUGCAAAGUCGAUCAAACUGAUGAAGAGGAAGAAGGAGAAGCGGAUGAGAAGAAAGACGAGGAAAAGGCUAAAAAUGAAAGAAAGAAGAAGCUCGGGGGCAUUAGAACUAUGCCAUUCAUUCUUGGUAAUUAAAUAUAUUUAAUUUACACCCUUCAAAUCUUCAAUCCUACCCCUUGUUUUACAUUCCCUAUAGUAGCUAGUGGUUCUUAAUUUCUUGUCACCCAACAAGUAAACAUUCUUACUUUAAUUUUAUUCUAAUUUUCUUUUUUAUUAAUUAGAGAUCCUCAGUUCAUAUUAUUAGUUUUAUUCUUAAAAUUAAUAAUGAGAAAAGCUCAGAAAAUAAGUACAAGGUGCUAUA